GCUACACGUGUGUGGCCUCAAACAGCCUGGGAGCAGACAACACCUCCGCUGAGGUCUACAUAGAAGGAGCUUCGUCGACAGAUUCGGAGGGAGAGGGUACAUCCAAGUCCAAAUCUGGAGCCAUGCCUCUAGUUCAGAAGAAGACGACCUCCAUGUCCCUGACGAUACGCUCAUCCUCGCCCAAAACAACAGAGGUCCUGCCGCGCCGCACCACUCUGGUCCAGGCCCUGACUCAGCCCCCUCCCAGGACACAGAGCCCUGUGUCAUCACUGUAUGGCGUGGACGUGUCAGGACCCCCUGUUUUUACAAAGGUGUUGCAGGAUGCCCAGGCCUCGGAGGGUCAAGUGGUUGUGCUGGAGUGCAGGGUCCGGGGCAGCCCUCCUCUGCAGGUGCGAUGGUACAGAGAGGGAGAGGAGAUCCUGGACUCCCCGGAUUUCCGCAUCCUUCAAAAAAAACCCAGAUCAGCAGCUGAACCAGAGGAGAUCUGUACCCUGGUCAUUGCCGAGGCUUUUCCUGAAGAUGGAGGUGUUUUCUCCUGCUCUGCCUCCAAUCCCUUCGGCUCUGUCAACUGUUCAGCCCGACUUGCUGUCACUGCAGCUGACGAUUCCUCCAGUAACGGGGUGUCCAGUGAUAACUCAGGUCUGGAGGACUCUGCCCCUUUCCCUCCUCCGCCCCCUCCCACAGAGAUCACCCUCCUCGAGCUGCCCCCCAAAGCCCUGCCCCAGCCCGGCCUCAUCAAAGAACUCGAUCUGUGGCCCAAUGUGUCUUUGCCCCCUGUGCAGGUGCCCUCUGAGGAGACCGUCCCGAAUGGGCAAAUCCAAAGUCCACCAUCACCUCCGCAACAGAGAGAGCCAGCCGUGCCCCUCCCGCCUCCGCCCUCUCCUCCUCAGACUGAACCUGCCGCAGAGACCCAAGCUCCUGUCCCACCGGCGCCAGACUCACCCCCCUCCCCGAAACUGUCUCCAUCUCCAGCCAAGGACGCCCCUCUGCCCCUGAAGCCCAAACCCAAACUAAACGCAUCCCAGAUCAAGCAGCUUCAGGACCAGAUCUUAUUGGAGCAACAGGAAGCUGCACAGUGGCAACAACAGCACCUGGACCAGCUGAACCAGGAAGUCCCACCUCCACCCCAGCUCCCGCUACAACAGAUACCCCCACCAGCCCCACCUGCCCCGCCUGCGGACGCCCCUCUCCCUGCCCCCCUUCACCGCCGCUCCCCCCCGCCCCCUUCAUUUCAGGAGUUGGAGAGUAGCACUACCUCCACCGCCUCCGCCAUCAUGCAGGCCAGCACCUUCAACUAUGCCCGUCCCAAGCAGUUCAUUGCGGCUCAGUCUUCGGGCGUGUCCCCGUACUCCCCCACCACAUCCUCACCCUCGUCCAGCCUGUCCUCCCCCCUCUCCCCCUCCUCCACCCAUAAGCCCUUUGGCAGAGUUACCCUCCCGCCUUUCACUAAGGCACCCAGUGUGGAGUCGCCCGGCUCUCCCUCAUUCCCUCCACCCCCUCCACCUUUCCUGAGUCCCUCAAACCUGCCCUCUCCGGCCCAGGACUUCCCCCUUCCCCUUCCUCCCCCUCCACCCCCCCCUGUGCCAGUGUCCCCCCCACAUUCAGAGACCUCCUCGUCUCCCUUCUCCUCCGUGCCCGCCUCUCCUGCUUCUAGUUUUCUGUCCUCAGUGCUGCCUUCCCCUCCACCUGCACCAACCCCCGGCAGCCCCAUCGUCAAUGCCCUGGGACUUCCUAAAGGCAAUGGCACUGUGAAAGCGUUCCCCAAGAAGUCAGUGAGUAGGACACCCCGUAUUGUGUCAGACUCAGAUAUCCAGGGAUCCAAAGACGCCGUAAUUCAAGAUCUGGAGAGGAAACUCCGAUUCAAAGAGGAGAGGAUCAGCAAUGGGCAACAGAGGUUAACCUAUGAGGAGAAGAUGGCACGCAGACUGCUGGGAGCUGACAACGCUGCCACAGUCCUGAGCACAGACACAGAGGAGGAGCCCGUCACACAGGAGUACAAAGUGUCGAGCUUCGAGCAGCGUCUGAUCAGUGAGAUUGAGUUUCGGUUGGAGCGCUCCCCUGUGGAGGAGUCGGACGAUGAUGUACAACACGACGAAGACUGCGCUGACGGAGAGGCGCCCGCGUUUGACCAGAAACUGAAACACUGCAAAGUCUUUGAGGGGAUGCCUGUCACUUUCUCCUGUAAGGUCACCGGAGAUCCUAAACCAAAGGUGUACUGGUUUAAAGAUGGUAAGCAGAUUUCCAAGCGGAGCGAGCACUACAGGAUCAGCCGGGACCCAGACGGCACCUGCUCCCUUCACACGGCCUCUGCCUCUCUGGAUGAUGACGGCAACUACACCAUCAUGGCCGGAAACCCCAUGGGCAGAGUGAGCUGCACGGGGCGGAUGAUGGUGCAGGCUGUGAACCAGAGAGGACGCAGCCAGCGCUCCACACCGGGACACAUGCGCAGGUCCCGAUCGCGUUCCAGAGACAGCGGAGACGAGAACGACAACAUCCAGGAGCGUCACUUCAGACCCCACUUUCUGCAGGCGCCCGGAGACCUCAUCGUGCAGGAGGGGCGGCUCUGUAGGAUGGACUGCAAGGUGAGUGGUUUGCCAACUCCAGACCUGGUGUGGCAGUUGAACGGUCAGACAAUCCGCCCUGACUCCGCCCACAAGAUGCUGGUGAGAGAGAACGGAGUGCACUCUCUGGUGAUCGAACCUGUGACCAGCCGCGACGCUGGCAUCUACACCUGCAUCGCCAGCAACCGGGCAGGCCAAAACUCCUUCAACCUGGAGCUCAUAGUAGCAGCCAAAGAGAUGCACAAAGCGCCCUCAUUUGUGGAGAAGUUACAGAACACAAGUGUGGCAGAGGGACACCCUGUUCGUUUGGAAUGCCGUGUCACCGGUGUCCCGUAUCCUCAAAUCUUCUGGAAACGAGAGAAUGAGUCCUUCACCCACAACACAGACAGAAUCAGCAUGCACCAGGAUAACUGUGGUUACCUGUGCAUGAUCAUCCAGCCAGCAAUGAAGGAGGAUGCUGGUUGGUACACAGUGUCAGCCAAGAACGAAGCCGGGAUCGUCUCCAGCACUGCACGACUCGAUGUCCACACUCAGUGGCAGCAGCCCAACCUCCCAAAGCCCAAGAAAGUGCGCCCCUCAACCAGCCGCUACGCUGCUCUGACGGAGCGAGGCCUGGACGUCAAAGCCGCAUUUUUCCCAGAAUCCUCUCCACUGCCUCCUGGUGGUCUGAUUGAGAGUGAUGACCUGUAGAGACACAACAGGAAGAACACCAGAAAAAUAUUUUUGAAAAACUGCCCCAUGCCGUGCACUCGCUCCUCAGAUACUUUUACUGCAACAAAAAGUGGGUCGGAAAGUAACUUUGUCAAAACGGACUGCUAUAAAUGACAAAGUGAAUCACGGCAAAAGGGGUUUUAAUGUUUAUACUGAUGAUAUAUAUUUUAUUUAGAGUCUCCCUAAGCCUUAUUAUAUUAACUGGACCUUAUCAGCUCACUACAAAAGGUUGCCUCUUCAAGUGCCUAUCAAUUCCAUGUAUGACAGCAGUAUAGAAAGUGCCAUGUGCAAAAGCCUUUUCACAAAUUCAUAUCUAAAUCACCAGCAACCAUGUAGGAAGCUUUUAAAAUGAUUCAUAACAUGACGUGGGAGAAAAGGUUUUGUUAAAAUAUUGUGUUGCAUUUUGAAAGUAGGAGCACACAACACACAAUGUCAGUAUUGGGUCACGUAGUAGCGUUGAUAUUGGAGGCCGGGCCUUAAAAACAAUAGGAUUUUUUAUUAAUAUUCUGAAGGAAGAAAGACGGUUGGUAAAAGAUAGAUUGUAAGGGAUAUAUAAGGCAUUUUGUGAGGUGUAGUGUGUCUAUAUGGUAAAGAAAAGUGGGCAUGUUUUGCUAUGGAUGUCAGCAGUGAUGCAAACAGAUGAUAUUUGGCUGUGGUAUGUUGGAAAAAUGUGGGAAAAAGGUGCAAAAUGUUAAUGAUUUUUUUCUUGUUUUUUCCAUGUUGUGUGAACUGACACUCAAACAGGGUGCUGUGGUAGUUUGCCUGUCACAUCACCAUUUUAUUUUUGUAUGUAAUAAAACAAUCUACUUUCCCAUAAAAAUAAGUUAUAUCAUGUAGCUUUUGUUCACAGUUCUGUAUCAUGUUUUAUAACUAUAUGUACUGCCUUAAAUCAUGUUGAAGGAAAGUGCUUCUUUCUUGGACUUUCUGAUGCCAAACAUUGUGGCUCUUGGACAGGAAUGAAAAAAAAAGAGAAGAUACCGUGCUAGAAUGUGUUUUCAGAGAGGUGAAGCACAAAAAAAAAGUUUAAAAAUGUAUAAAACAUUAAAAAGCAAUAGACAAAAGCAUCAAAGUAAAAUUGCACCAUCCAUCCUAACUUUUUUACACCUUGCUCUGUUUCUGUAUCUACUCUCUCAGUCACUUCUGUAUCACACGACAAAGUUGACUCAAACUUACACAUUUGCACAUUUUUAUGCCAAUGGACGCCUGUAUAUGGAUUGUUCUCCUGAUGUUAUUUUGGGAUAUGAAAGUUAAUAAAGGCUUCAGAGACA